AUGUUGAACCCCCGAUUUGCUUGGGGCUCACGAGAUGUGGACGCGCUGUGCUGUCUGGCUGUGGACGCCGGAGGUGAAGGCGCUGGCAUCGCGCUUUGGUAUGGAAAAAGCGGCGAGUUGGAAAUCGGGCCAAAUAGUGUGGAGUUGAGUGACAGCAGUGUCGAGUCAACAUUGAAGAAGCGAGAGAGCGACAGAGUGCAGAACAGCGAGCAGUCAGAACAGAAUUUGCGGCCAAGGGCGCAGACGAGCAGCGAGUGCGAGGUGUCGAGGGACGGCUUCGUGCCGCCGCUGAUCAACAGACCAGAGCACGGUCCGGAACGCGCGCGUGUGGGCACGGCGGACAAACUGAACGAGCUGAGCGAGCUGAGCGAGACGGACAAGGCGAACGAGACGGACGAGCUGAGUGAGACGAACGAAGCUGUGUUGGACUUUGGGCGACGACUGCAAACGACCGACGCAGCGUGGCUAUACGAUCUGCCUAACAGCCGGGCAAGACAUGAGGCCUGUUUCAUGGUGGUCAUACAGGGGCCUCAAUUGAGCAGAGCGAGCGAAUUUGAGAGUGCCCCAGCGACGGAGAAAACGAGCAUGGCGACUUUGGUGCCUACGCGCGGCAAGAAGUCCGGGAAGUCGAGGCGUGUCACCCGACACUCACCCAAGGAAUUGUUGACGCGAACGGAUGACGACGACGCGUCGGGCCGAGGCAACGAUGACGACGAAGAUGAACAUGAAACCCAAGACCCUCCGGGCCAGACGAAGCCGCACGAGGACGAAUAG